GGGAAAGAUAUUGUGAAGCAGUAGCAAAAUUGGCUUAGUGGAUGGAGGCGCAUGGCUGGAGGCCAAACCUAAAUAAUUGGAGGAUGAACGCGAUCAGUGCUGGCCGUAAGUCAUGGAAUAAGAAAGAAAGCCUGAUUUUGAAGAUAUGAGUACUAUACCUGUUAGCUAUUGAAGUCCUGGUAGAUCCGUACACAGUGUUCAUCAAGCACCCUAAGCCCAUAGAAGGAGUGGCCUUGACCCUCCCUGGUAGGGACAUGCUAAGAUCAGUUCUUCGAUAUUGCGAGUUGGGAAAGAACAAAGGAUUAUCAUACAUACAACUUGCUCAGAGGUUGAAUAUGGCAUUAAGGCACAGACUGAGUAAUCCUGGGAGAGGCAUAAGCAGCGAUUUGCAUUUCUCUAAAGGUGACUUUGAUAGGGCUUAUGCGAACCUUAAUUUAGAAAAUGAGCUACGAGAGAUCUCUCUCAGGAUCUUCCAAGAGUGGAAAAAUGUUACUUGAGACAAGGGAGUGGUUCUGGCAUACUCCAGUAAAUAUAACCUAAUCUAUGAUGCUGGGACCGAGGAGGGAAAACGCUUCAGAAGAGAAAAGGGAGAUACGGAGAAACAGCUGCCAUGGCCUACUAUGGGAAAAGAGCUUUUAAGGAUGCUGCUUUAUCCGGAAUUUUCACUAAUUAUACCUGCUGGGGAGAUACUAAAAUCUAGGGAAACAUUAUAUGAGAAGCGAGCUAGGUCAAAAUCCCUAAGCUUAAUAUUAAGUUCUCUUACCAUAUCACCUCCCUCCAAGCAGCAACAGGAGACGACCGACAGCCGAAGGGCAAGCUCUGAUCUACGGAGUUCAGUGUUGUCAACUGUUUCAGAACGGGCCAUGAAGCACCUCUAUGAAGGGUCCUACUUACCGAAUUUAAGCUAUGCAAGAAAGGAGAGAUUAUCUAUAAGUUCAGCGCCUGAAAGUAUUGGAAUUGAGCUAGGAUGAUGUGAAUGUGCAGCAAGAGACAACAAAGUGGUACAGGCAGCUUGGGAAACUCCUGGAAAGCUCUCAGCAACACAGCGUCAUAAAGUCACCCGUGAAUUGCGAAGAUUGCUACCUGAUGAUGUCGAUAAUCUGGAUGAAGAUGACAUAAAACAGCUUAUCUGCUUCCGACAUUGCCAAGCUACUGCACAAGCCUUAGGAAUGUAUAAGUAUAUCUUAGGGUUAAUAUACAUUAUCCUAUUUAGACGCCUAUAUGUAGCUUUAAGAUUCCUAAAUAUCAGUGAUAUGGCUGCAGAUAAGAGAUAUUGUAACUGGUUCCUGCUGUCUGAGUGUUUAGUAAACUCACGAAAUCUUCUCGGCGUCUAUGUAUAUAAGACAGAAUCUAGGUUUAUAGAAGUGUAAAGGUUAUGGAUCGCCCUUUAAGCAGUUACGUGUCUAUAAUAGAACCUGAGGCAAUUCCUAAGGACAGAUUUUAUUGAACCUUGGGAAAGAGAUGGAAAUAUCAUUCUGCCUGCCUUUAAUUGGCUUCACUCUACGAGAAUAGGAGGCGUUAAGGAGGGAGAUCUCACCUACGGCCUCUCACUUCUCGAGCUGAUGAGAGCUGAGUUUGAAAUAUACCACUGGCAUGAGAGGAUUGAUGGGCUCCCACGAACAAGUCAUAAGGGAUGGCUGCGAAACAUGUACCACAGCUUAAGUCAGCAGCUUGUAAGGAG